AUGAAGUGCAACCGCGAGCAUAAACAAGAAAGUAGGGAAAGGUGGUUGGAGAGGAAUCUAAAGCCUAAUGAUAUGGCUUCUGUUGCAGUUGCUACUGCAACUUCUUUAGUAGCCUCUCAUUGCCUUGAGAUUGCAGAAUAUAUGGGAGCUGAACAUGAACAGAUUACAACCGUAGUUGACUCGGCUAUUAAUGCGAAAACGAAUGGAGAUAUUAUGACUCUUACAGCUGGAGCAGCAACGACCUUGCGUGGAGCUGCAACUCUAAAAGCGCGUCUAAAGAAGGGGAUUGGAGCUAUUACGAUUCCCCCGAUUGAGGAUAAGUGUGGCGAAGCCAAAAAAGCAAGCAUCUUGACAGCACUGGAUUUUGUCUUUCAAGGAGUUGUAUUUCUCAAACGUACAAGAAAAUGUAAUUGCUUGAAGAACAAAUAUCUAUAUUCAUUAACAAAUCACGUUUUUAGUGUUGAAAAUGGUAUUCGUGUCGUGAAGCUUUAUGCACCAUGGUGCCGCUUCUGUCAGCAGUACAAUAGUCAGAUUCAGUCAAAUAUGAAAACAGUUAAUGAGGCAAAUAAACAAAUGGAAACAGAGAAAUUAAGUAUUGUUGAGAACCUUAGUAGUGUAAGAGGCCACAAUGGUAGUGUAGGUUCUCUCGGUUGGUGGGACUUAUUUAUUAACUUCAGUAAUGUAGAGUGCUUUGCGUUUCUUGUAUGUGCAAAUUGA